UGACCUUAUAGCGUCGUUCUAUCGGUUCUACCCUAACCUCUUUAAAGAAUUCCUUGCGCGAGCUCCUCAGAUUAAAGUAAAUAAAGCACUCCAAAAUACCUCUCAAGUGACUGACAAAUGAUAGAUUUAUGAUAUCGCAAUUUAGUACCGUACUGGAAGUGAAUGCAACAUGUCGAUGCUCGCGGAACCGCGUCGAAAACAAAAAUGGACCUUGAAUCCGCGGGGAAAACAAUGGAGCGAAGAUUCGAACAAAUUCGGACAGAAGAUGUUGGAAAAGAUGGGCUGGACGAUCGGCAAAGGACUCGGUGCUCACGAGCAGGGCAUGACUGAGCACGUGCGCGUCUCUUAUAAAGACGAUACAGCAGGCAUUGGAUUUAAAAAAGACCAUUUGGAUAAAGCAUGGACAGAGCACCAAGAUAGUUUUAAUGAUUUUUUACAACAACUCCAAAAAAGUAAAGAUCAUAAUGUAAUCCAAAUAGAGGAAGUUAAAUCUGAAUUAAGUGGAAAGUCAUUGGAGUUAAAGUCUCGGCAAAGCAAAGCUCGUGUUCACUACAACAAAUUCACAAGAGGAAAAGAUGUAAAUAAAUAUAGUCCGAAAGAUUUAGCAAAUAUAUUUGGUCAGAAAGAGUUGAAUGUAGAGGAGGACAAGGAAGAAAGCAAGAACAAGAACCAUGAGAAUGUUAAGUCAGAUCCCCCUGGUAUCCAAGAUAUUAGAAGUGGUGUUAUUACCAUAAACGGUGGCAGCAUGGCUGAUUAUUUUUUGAAAAAGGGUCAAAAUUUGUCUUUAACGUCUAAAAAAAAGAAACAACAAGAAAGCAACUCAGACAGUGAACCUGAGUAUGCUGGGUUUGGUUUUGCAUCAACAGUUACCAAAGAAAACUCUCGGAAUGGCAAUGAAACGAAAGAAACUGGAAAUAUUUGUGAUUACGCUUUUGAAAAUCUUUGUUUAAGAUUAAACAGUCCAGAAAAUACUCCAAGUACUAACAGCAAAUUAGAAUCUUCAAAGAAGAGGAAAAUUUCUGAUGACAAUGAAUCAGGCCUAAGUAAUAAUCGUAAAAAAUUUAAAGAAGGUAUUAAGAAUGAUUACAAUGUUUUUGAAAAUGCUGCAUUAAAUUUGGAAUCUACAACCAGUGAAAUGUACAAUGGAAAGGAAUUCGAGGUGUGUAGAGUAGAAUUUGGCGUAACAAAUUCUGCUCUAGACUUACAUGAUGAGGUAGUAGAGAAAAAGAGAGUAACGUUUAAUGAUCGUGUAGAAUAUAGUACCGACUCUGCAAAAAAGAAGAAAGGAAAAGCCAUGUUGGAUAAAUUUGAGGUUGAAAAUAAAAAGUCUAAAAAGAAAAAGAAAUCGGAAGAAAAUGCAAAUAACUUUGUGCCGUUUGGUAUUGUUAAUGAAGCCUUAGACGUUGAAGAAGUGUCUGAAGAAAUGAAUGAUAAUGAGAUUAACGAGCGCAAAAGUAGAAAAUCUAAAAAGAGAAAAGGUAGCUGUCGAACUAAUUUAGAAACCAUAGUGGAAAUACCAGAAGAAGUUGGUGAAGAUGAAAUGAAAACUGAGAAACUUGAUGAUGUACAUCAAGAGGAUCCCUCGAAUAAAAAGUCAAAGAAAAAGAAGGAAAAAAUAGAAAUUCCAGCUAUCAGUGAACAUAAUGCGCUGGAGAAUGCAGAAGAAGCAGUAAAUAGUGAAUUAAAAACUGAAUUGGAGAAGGAAGAUCACAUACAAAAACUGGAGGAUCAAGCAAACUGUUCUGAGGAAAAAGAAAAAAAAAAAAAAAAGAGGAAGAAGAAAGAUGCUGAAAGAAACAUAGGAAAUCAUGAAGGUAACUUCGAAAUUCAAACAGAAUCUAGUAAUAUUGAACAUGUAAAACAGGAAAUUGAAAUAGCAGAAGAAGAAACUGUAAAAUUAAAAAAGAAAAAAAAGAAAAUGAGGAAGGAUUUAGAUGAAACCGAUAUUAACAAAGCAAAACAUGAAAAAUUAAUAAAAGAUAUUGUCGAGUGUAUUCCUAAUAGAGCAUCUACACCAGAACGUAUGGAAGAAACAGUAAAUACAAAAAUCACACACACAAAUUCAAGAAAUACAAAAUCUACACAUCAACUUGUAAAAGAUACGACAUUUAAUGCUUCCUCUAGUCCUUGGAAUGAAAGAGCAAAGACAUCGAAGAAAAUAUUGAUGUCUCUUUUCAAUCGAAAUUCUAUCGCACAUUUUCCAGGUUCUAAUGUACACGAAAUUAAAGGUUAUGGUAUCGAUAUAUACAAUAAAGAGUAA